UGCGCAUGCGCGCACCGGAUCAGAAUGUUGAGAUAAACGGACUAGGAGAGACUGACAGUCAGCGACGAAUAUUUAUAGACUGCGCUUCUUUUUUCUUAGUUUAGUUUGAACGCGAAUUAAAUUCAAAGUACUCUAGCUAUAACGAUGACGGAGCCCCAGUCCGCGCUGUUACUCAGGAGACAGCUGGCAGAAUUGAAUAAAAAUCCAGUGGAAGGCUUUUCUGCAGGACUGAUAGAUGAUAACGACCUCUACAGAUGGGAAGUUCUAAUAAUCGGUCCUCCUGAUACACUCUAUGAAGGCGGAGUGUUCAAAGCCCAUCUCACAUUUCCCAAAGACUAUCCUCUCAGGCCUCCAAAAAUGAAAUUCAUCACAGAAAUAUGGCACCCAAACGUUGACAAGAACGGUGAUGUUUGUAUUUCUAUUUUGCACGAGCCGGGGGAGGACAAGUACGGCUAUGAAAAGCCAGAGGAACGUUGGCUUCCCAUUCACACAGUGGAGACCAUCAUGAUUAGUGUCAUCUCUAUGCUAGCUGAUCCUAAUGGAGACUCCCCUGCCAACGUGGAUGCAGCUAAAGAGUGGAGAGAAGACAGACACGGUGAAUUCAAGAGGAAAGUUGCCCGCUGUGUACGAAAGAGCCAAGAGACAGCCUUUGACUGAUCUUCAUCCAGCAGCUUGUAGCGUCACUAUUUUCAGGGUAUCCAGUCGAGAAACAACAUGGCACUGUUUUCCUGCACUCUACCACCCUAUUGCCAGAUUCUUCUUGAUUGAGCGUUGGCAGAAACAAGCUGGCAUCAAUAGGCUGCAACAGAACAAUAACGGCUCGUACAGAUACGGACAGAACGUGCCAAGCAAAUGCCAACAUCCAAAAAAAGAGAGAAAAACCAUAACAUAAGAUGAUUACACAUUUUUACGCAAGUUUAUGAACUGAUACAACAUUCAGGAAAGAAAUUGUAAAGACCUGUAAAUAGCACAGACAUAAAAACCGGAUAAUAUAUAAGACUCCUCGUAUCCAUCCAGAGAAACAGUUAGUACCAAAUAAAUAGCGCUUUCUGUAGGUAGAAUUUGACUCCUGUUUAAAAAAAAAAAAAAAAAAAAUCUUAAACAGAAUGGUUAAUUUCCCCUUUCCUCCCCUGCAGCAGCUUCUCAUGUAGUGUUCAUCAAUUCUUUUACAGGUCACAUUGAGGGAGAUGUGUAGCAAUGAAAAGGGCCUUCCCUGCCACUCGUAGAUUUUCAUUGUCUAUGAGCCUCACAUUGACAAACUAGACACAAACAAGCCAGAAAGGUGUGUUCUUUAUUGGCAUGUAGUAUUUGAGGGAGGGUUUGAUGGAAGGGAGGGUAGUUGGCGCUACUGAUGUUCAGCAUGUCAUGUCAUGGGUUGGACACUUAGGGACAUUGAAGUAAAAUUAAUUGAUGGGAAAAGAUUCUUUCUGAAACAAUCAAUGAUCAGUUGGAUUGGUUUUAACUUUAGGGGUGGGACUGGGACUGGGGGCAUGUCCCUGCUUUGGCUGUAGAAAAGUUCUACUCAACAAGCCUGCACCUGUGCUUGGUUCUGCGGUGAGUUUUCAGCGGUGGGACAGCUGACGAGGAAACCCAUCAGAUGUGAUAACCUGCAUGUUUAAGCUCAUAGGUUUUAAUUUGUCCUUUUUUGUUUGUUUUGUUUUUUUUUUCAAAAGUGCCUCCGAUUGAAAUUGCUUGGCUUGUUGCACCUCCUGCAUUGGAUCUGGAGCUAAAAAAGGGGAGAUGUUGAGAAAUCUCUCUGUGCUCCUUCAGGCUCGUUUCGAUGUGUGAUGAUUUUUUUUUUCUUUUUUAAUCCUUUGUACCAGCAGUAAUGGAUUAUUAAAGAUAAUUUGGUGUAGCAAUAAUGGCCCCUUUGCCCAGCUGUGUGUGUAGUGUGUCCUAUUUCCCCCAUGAUGUAUGAAGUUUUAAUAUUGGGAUAAAAUUUAGAAGCAGGUAAACAUUUAUGCAUAAACUUUUGCCCAUCGUUUGAGAGAAUUCCUUUGCAGGGCUUUGUUUUUCUUUUGUGUCGUCUCUGAUAGGAUUCGGUAAGCAUGCUUUAACUGUAGGUUUCUCACAAGCAGAUUCUUGGAUUUUGUUCAGAGGGUGUGUGUGUGUGUGUGUGUGUGUGUGUGUGUGUGUGUGUGUGUGUGUGUGUGUGUGUGUGUGUGUGUUCGAGUGUUGCAGAGAAUAUGUUUCACCAUCCUGCUACUCCCCACAAUCCUUUAUUCUCCGUUAAUUUUAUUACGGCUCCGACAGACUACUGCAGUUCUCUUGCCUAAUGUACAAAGACAAAAUACUGAUGUAUAUUUUUCAUGUUAUGGAAGUUGUCUCCUUCUCUAGUGAAUUCUUCUAAAAUAUAAUUUUUUUUUCCAAUA